AUGGACUGUGAGAGAGCAAGAAAUCUCAAGAAAGAACCUGUUACUGACUCAGGUGGUAACACUGACUCUCAAAGAGCAUUGCUGGAAACAGAUAAUCUCAAGAAACGCAAAGAUUGUGAGGUUCCGGGAAUUAACCCUUAUCAGUGCACUGAAUGUGGGAAAGAAUUUACACAAUCCAGUAACCUGCAGUCACACAUGAGGAUUCACACUGGAAUCAAGCCUUAUCAGUGUACCGUAUGUGGGAAAGAAUUUACACAAUCGGGUCACCUGAGGACACACAUGAAGAGUCAUAGUGGAAUCAAGCCUUAUGAGUGCAUUGUGUGUGAGAAAAGAUAUAAACUACCAGAUCAUCUGCAGAAACACAUGCGUGUUCACAGUGGAAUCAGGCCUUAUCAGUGUGGUGAGUGUAAGAAAACGUUUACACACUCAAGUGUCCUGCGCGAUCAUUUGAGGAUUCACAGUGGUAUUAAGCCUUAUCGGUGUGCUGAAUGUGGGAAAGAAUUUACACAGUCCUCUACCCUGCAGAAACACAUGAGGAUUCACAGUGGAAUCAAGCCUUAUCGGUGUGAUGAAUGUGGGAAAGAAUUUACACAAUCAUCUACCCUGCAGAGGCACGUCAGUAGUCACAUUGCUGUCACCAGAGCACUGCUGGAAACAGAUCGUGCAAAGCCGUCUCAUGAGUGUGGUGAGUGCGGGAAGACAUUUAAUCGAUCAGGAGACUUGAAAAGACACAUGCUUUGUCACAGUGGCAUUAAACCUUAUCAGUGCGAUGAGUGUGGGAAAACAUUUACACGAUCAGGUAGCCUGAACAUUCAUUUGAGGAUUCACAGUGAAGCGAAGCCUUAUCAGUGUACUAAAUGUGGGAAAGAAUUUACCCAAUUAGGUAGCCUGAAGAUACACAUGAGCAGUCACAGUGGAAUCAAGCCUCAUCAGUGUGGUGAGUGUAAGAAAACAUUUUCACACUCAAGUCACCUGCACACUCAUUUGAAGAUUCACAGUGGAGUGAAGCCUUAUCAGUGUGAUGAGUGUGGGAAAACGUUUACACGAUCAGGUAGCCUGAACAUUCAUUUGAGGAUUCACAGUGGAGUGAAGCCUUAUCAGUGUACUAAAUGUAAGAAAGAAUUUUCACAAUCAGGUCAGCUGAAGAUACACAUGAGCAGCCACAGUGGAAUCAAGCCUUAUCAAUGUGGUGAGUGUGAGAAAAGAUAUAAACUUCCAGGUGAUCUGCGGACACACAUGAGGGUUCACAGUGGAAUCGAGCCUUAUCAAUGUGGUGAGUGUAAGAAAACGUUUACACACUCAAGUGGCCUGCAUGCUCAUUUGAAGAUUCACACUGGAAUCAAGCCUUAUCGGUGUGCUGAAUGUGGGAAAGAAUUUUCACAAUCAUCUAACAUGGAGAGACACAUGAGGAGUCACAGUGGAAUGAAGCCUUAUCAGUGCACUGAAUGUGGGAAAGAAUUUACAGAAUCGAGUAACCUGCAGUCACACAUGAGGAUUCACACUGGAAUCAAGCCUUAUCAGUGUACCGUAUGUGGGAAAGAAUUUACACAAUCAGGUCACCUGAGGACACACAUGAAGAGUCACAGUGGAAUCAAGCCUUACGAGUGCAUUGUGUGUGAGAAAAGAUAUAAACUACCAGAUCAUCUGCAGAAACACAUGCGUGUUCACAGUAGAAUCAGGCCUUAUCAGUGUGGUGAGUGUAAGAAAACAUUUACACACUCAAGUGGCCUGCACGAUCAUUUGAGGAUUCACACAGGCAUCAAGCCUUAUCGGUGUGCUGAAUGUGGGAAAGACUUUACACAAUCAUCUGCCCUUCAGAGACACAUGAGGAUUCACAGUGGAAUCAAGCCAUUUCGGUGUGAUGAAUGUGGGAAAGAAUUUACACAGUCAGGUAGCCUGAAGUACCACAUGAGGAGCCACAGAGGUGUCACCAGGGCAUUGCUGGAAACAAAGAACCACUCUGUCACUGACACAGAUGGAAACACUGGCAGUGACAGAGCAUUGCUGGAAACAGGUGAUUUCAAGCAAGAACCUGUUACUGACACAGAUGGAAGCAUUGACUGUGAAAGAGCAUUGCUGGAAACUGGUGAUCGCAAGAACCACUUUGUCACUGACACAGAUGGAAACACUGGCUGUGAGAGAGCAUUGCUGGAAACAGGGGAUCUCAAGCAAGAACCUGUUACUGACACAGAUGGAAACACUGGCUGUGAGAGAGCAUUGCUGGAAACUGGGGAUCUCAAGCAAGAACCUGUUACUGACACAGAUGGAAACACUGACCUUGUGAGACCAUUGCUGGAAACAGAUGAUUUCAAGCAACAACCUGUAUCUGACACAGGUGCAAACAUGGUUUUCGUUGUGGUCCGUACGGGGAAAAACUUAGACAUUCGUGUAACCUGCAAAGACAAAUGA